UUGACAGCGCAGACGCUCAGUGUUUUCAUCACGGUAGCAUCUGCAUUCGACUGUCUGGUGCUCGUGACAGGAAGUCCCAAGGUUCGCAACAGGUUAUGUACUGUUAACAGCUCCCUGAUGAUCUUGGUAGCCAUUUUCUUAGUGGCAUUUGUAUAUAAUUCUCCUCAUAUGUUCGAAAUUUAUGUUGUGGACUGUUGGAGCAUGCCCUAUGGUUCGGUUUCCAAAGACGUUUGUCCAACUGCUUUGAGAACAAAUCCGGAUUAUCUUACAAUCUAUUAUGCUUACUUGUAUACUAUUGUAAUGGCAGCUGGGCCUGUUUCUCUUCUAAUCGUUAUCAACUCAGCAAUUGUUAUUUCUAUGAAGCGAAACAAAGGAAGUGAACAAAAGGAGUCUGACAUUUUGACCCUAGUAUUGGUCGUUUGCUUAUUCAUUUCUUGUAACGUAUUGCCACUGACAGUGAACUUUUUGGAGCUACUUUUCAUGAUUGUAAACGCUUAUUUGAUUGAUCUUUCUAAUUUGAUGGUAGUCCUGAACUCGUCAUGCAAUUUUUUGAUAUACUAUGCAUUUGGAUCAAAUUUCCGACGUACACUUCGCCAAUACUUCGGUAAUAUGGUUGGACGAGGGCGGGCUGAGAAGCUUCACCACAUUCCUGUGUAUUUGUUACCCCCACCACAAGAACUGCUCAUCUAA